AUGUCCUGCUGCACGUUGGGGAGGCCCCCAACCGCACUGGAGCUACAUGCCAAAUCCCUGCCUGAAGACAAUGGCGCCAAGAGGAUCUUUCCAAUGUACACGGUUGCCGUUGAGACGUUAUUGCAGAUGACAGCUGUUGAACCGCACGAAGCGCUGAAGGCGCGCGGUCAGCUGGUUGAGUUUGAAUACGGCUCCGAUCAAACCGCGAGCUUUGUCUCGCACCAGUGGAUGACCCAGCAUCACCCGGAUCCCGAGUGCGAACAGCUGAAAAUUUUGCAGGGUGCCUUCGCGCAUCUCUUGGGCACUGGCGGCAGCGUGCCUGUGGACUUUGUUACCGAGGCUUUUGUGCCCAGUGCAAAACGGAUUCCGAAGAGCGCAUUUCAGACCUCUUUGCUAGUUGUGUGGUAUGACUACUUUUCUGUCCCACAGCGGGAGAACCGCCCCACCUUUGGUGCCGACGACAUGGACGGCAGCCAGCAGGCGAGAGCUAUCAACUGCAUCCCGGCAUAUGUGGCAAGGUGCAAGCAUUUUCUUGCACUUUGCCCAACACUCAAGUCGGACUCGAAAGUGCUCGGUGCGAUGACGUGGUCCCAGAGGGGCUGGUGCCGGGUGGAAAGAGCAGCACGCGAGCUGUCUCCAGACAGCACCUGGAUUCUGAUUCAGAGUAGCAGCUGCCUUGUCGUAGUGGGCGGAACGACUUCCUUUCCAACAGGUCCAGUCGGAGAAGGCAACUUUUCGAACGAAGAAGAUCGCCAGAAAUUGGCACCAGUGAUGCGGGAUAUUGUAAUGCGAAAGAUGAUGCACUGCCUGAAGAAGUCGGACUUUCCCGGCUUCCGGCGCCAGCUCAACUUGCAGAGUGUUCACUUUCGGGGCUUGGAGGUCCAGCCCAUUGACGGCCUCCUCGAUAUCGACAAUGAUGUCGAUGCAGUGUCACAAUUCCUCUUCCAGAACGGCCUCAGGAAUGUCCAAAAACCUGACACAGCAGGCUGGUGGCCGUUGCACUAUGCAGCACUGUCCGGCAAGACUGAAGUUAUCCGAGGGCUCUUGCGGCUCCGGGCAUCCGUCAACGAACGGACUUCCAAACCUGAGCCUGACGCGGGCAUUCCGCCAUGGAUGUCCGCGCUAGAUCUGGCCGUGCUUUACGCGCACCACGAUGCAACUCUCGCUCUGAUCUCCGCUGGCGCCGAAAUGGAAGGCGGCGUAGGUCCAGCCCAGAACUAUGCGGGCAUGGCGGACAGUGUCGAAUGCCUCCGCGCCCUUCGCGCCGCGGGCGCUCGUCGGGAAGCCGCGAGCAUUCUUGGACACACCUGCCUGGAGGUGGCGGCGGGUAUGCAUUCGCUGCUCUGUGUGGAGGAGCUGGCACCGCAUGCAAGCACCGCAGAGCUCAACAGAGCACUUGGCUUUGCCGCAAUGCGAGGUGGCUCAGUGGAGCUGGUCCAGCACUUGAUUUCCAACCAAGCCGAUGUGAACUGCCAAUACGACUUGGCGUGUGAACUGAACCGUUUCGGUAGGUUUGUUGUUCGAGCCGCAGCUUUGGCACAUCGUUUCGGCAAAGUCACAGCUUUGUCGACCGUGUCUUAUCAUAUACACGGCAGCACACCAUUGAUGCAUGCCGUGCGGAUGGCUAACUACGAGGCCGCGGUGGCCCUAAUUGCAAACGGCGCAAGGUUAGAUCUCCGCGACUCCCACGGCUUUAGCGCGGCCGAUUUUGCAAAAGGCCAAUCCAUUCCGCACUUUUUGCAGAAGGGUUUGGAUGGAGACCCAUCGGAAUGUGAACGAGUGAUCUCCCUCGCAUUCCAGAAUGGAAUGAUCGAGGUUGCCUUUUGA